UCUCCUGAAAGUGUGAGAGAGCGGAUUACUUAUUAAAUUCUUCUGUAGAAUCUGUCAGCUUUAUAUGUUUCAAGUUGAUAAGAUCUAAGGUUCCCUCAACAGAGAAAUCCAACCAGUUUGUUCUUCUUCUGUUGCUGCUUGAUAAUUGCAUUAUUUAGCCUUGAGAGUUGUAUAAAACAGAGAGAAACCCAGGUCCAUAUUUCUUCUUCAUUAUUGCUUCUCAACUAAUAAAUUCAAUCACAGAAACAGAUGAAUACAGAGUUGGGGGGUCUUGUUUGAAUUCAAAGGUUUUAAGUACUUUAUAUAUACAAUCAAUGGAUUGGGAGAUAAGCAAUCACAGGAAAAUUCUCUUCUUCUUCUUUUUCUUAUCAGCCUCAGUCAUUUCUCUCUAUGCUCUGUUCAGCACUAUCAACACCAAAACUGCACCUCUUGGUGUAACAAUCUCGGCUGAAAGAAAUUCAGACUGUUAUCAUUUUAAUCAGCAACAACUUGGUGAUGAUGGUGUUGAUGAUGAAGAUCAGAUUCUGAUGAUUAAUGAUGAUGAAGAGGAAAAUGAUGAUGAGAUGAUAAUUGCAACUAAAUCUAUUGUGAUCAGGAGAAGUUUGUUAAUUACUUCAUUGGCGAGGAAAAGGUUAAGAGAUGGUGGUAGUACGGUCAGAAGUAAGAAGGGGUUUAUGAUGAGUUUACCAGGCUCGUCGCCUCCGCGGUGUGCAUCGAAAUGUGGCAAGUGUAGGCCGUGUAAGCCGGUUCACGUUCCGGUUCCUCCUGGAACACCAGUUACAACAGAGUAUUAUCCGGAAGCUUGGAGGUGCAAAUGCGGGAACAAGUUAUACAUGCCAUAGUUUGGUUUAUUAAUUGUUAAGCAUAUGUGAAUGUGAUGCCUAGCUAGCUAACUUUGGUGAUUGGUUUGCUUGAUCUAUAUGAUGACCAAAUCAUCAUGUCCAACUUAUGCGAGACUGCUGCGUAUUUUAUUUGAAUUAUUGGGCAUAUAUAUGUAUGUGUGAUAGCUUCU